AUGGAGAUCAUCGAUAGGCCGCUCAGUGAAAUCAUCAAGGAGCAGAAGAUCGGUGAGAGCCUGCGUAAGAACCGUCGUGGUGGCGGUGGGCGCGGUGGGGAGCAGAAUACCCGCGGCGGCGGACGCGGCACGUCCCGCAGCGGCCGCGGAAACCGAACGGCGGGGCGAGGUGGCCGUGGCACGGGCGCCCAGGAGCCGGGGCGCCGUCAACGCCGCCAUCUGCGUCCUCGUGGCAACGGCGAACGCCUCCGUCGCCUUGGAUUCAACUCCGAAAAUCGUGGUGGCCUCAGUGCUCGUUAUAGGCGCCGCAACGCAGUGGACGCCGGCGACGGACGCCGUGAUCGCUCUGUGAAGAGCUCCGCCGCACAGCGCCGCGGAAUGGCGGCAGAGGAGCGCAACGACCGUAUCAGGGACUCGCGCCGGCGCGAGGCCCUCUUGCGCGCCCGCUCCCGCUUCUCCCGCGACUAG